AGGCGAAGAAAAGAAUAGAGCAAUAUGUUAACAGAUAAAUCUGAAAAGCAAUGCACAGAGAUAAAGCUAUUUCCCCAUCUUCAAGAUAUGAUAUUAUGCGACAACAAAAAUAUUCUGCUCAUUACCCAAUCAAAGCGUGUGAACUUCAAUCUGCCUGAUGAAAUCACAUUCAUAGUUGCAUCAUGGUGCAAUGAAUUCCACAGGCUUUGAACAUCUUUAUGACAAGACAAUCCUUCUAAGCUUUUGGGUGUAAAGAAACAAACAAACAACAAAGCAUUCUCAAUAAUCUAAGCCUGAUAAACACAACUUUACACUAGCACACACAUCCAAUUUCUUUAAACAAAAGGCUCCACCUUCAUCACACAUCCCUAAAGCAAGAAAAAAGAGAGCAUUUCCAUUGGAACUGGAAGGAAGGAAAAUCCAAAUCCUUUUCUUUCAAUCUUCAUAAAGCAGAUCCACUCUCAUCGACCCAUCACAUACCUUUCCUUCGAUUAUAAACAUUUUUCUUCUUUCUCCCCAAGUUUGGCAUCCAACCCCUCAACUCCUUCUUCCUUAAGCAAAUCUACAGACUCAUUCCCCCUUAUAACCCCUCUUUACUUUCAGGUAGUUCCAACCUUCAAUUCUCUCUCUCGCUCACACUCAUCCUAUUCUCUUUAUACUUCAAAACACACCUCUUCUUCUAGAUAGAGAUGAAUGCAGACUGGGGGCCGGUUGUGGUAGCAGUGGCGCUCUUCAUUCUCCUGUCGCCAGGGCUGCUUUUUCAGUUGCCGGCCAGAAUCAGGGUGGUGGAGUUUGGGAACAUGAACACCAGUGGGAUUGCCAUUUUGGUGCACGCCAUCAUAUUCUUCUGCAUACUCACCAUAUUGGUCAUCGCAAUUGGUAUUCACAUACACGUUUAACAACUUCAUAAUCUGCUUUGGCUACCUUCGCCAAAUGAAUUGCUUCUUUUUCACUAGGACUUACAGCAUACUUCUGCCUAUUCUGCUCCAUUUCUUGUUCUCUUCUUCCCUUUCAACAAUAACUUUCUAUAUUGUAAUAAUCUGUCUAAAUGUAAUCUAUAAUUUCCAUUCUUUUUGGGGGUUAAUAAGAAAGGUAAAGUUCAAUGAACACUCUCGCGGUCAUUGUUUGAAUA